AUGUCAGCUUCAAUAGCAAAUCUAACUCAGUUAAAAGAAUUCUUCACUGUUUACAACACCUUGACAGAAAGGUGCUUCAACUCUUGUGUACGAGAAUUCAAUCAUCAUCAUCUUGUUGAAUCGGAAACCGAUUGUGUAUGGCGAUGUAUUGAUAAGCUAAUGCUUGUAAACCAGCGGUUGAUGUUUAUUUUUGCUGAAGUUGCACCAAAUACGAUUUUCAAGCAAAAUAAGGAUUCAGAUUUGCCCAAUUUACCUGAUAGUUCUACUAGUACUUUGGCUGACGUCAUGAAUAUAAUUUCGGAACAUGGUUUUCGGCGUGAUGGUAGGAAACCGGAUCAGAUCAGAAAUAUCAAUUAUAAACUAGGCGUGUAUUCUCAAGCAGAUGGGUCUGCAUACCUUGAAGUGGGGAGCACUAAGGUGUUGUGUGCCGUUUAUGGACCACAUGAAUGCCGUCAUCACGGUCGUAUGAAUGAGGAUAAGUGUUUGAUAAGUUGUCAGUACAGCAUGGCGACGUUCUCCACUAACGAUCGGAAAGAUAGGCCGCGAGGCGACAGGAAAGCUAUUGAAUUUGCACGGCUAAUGGAAAAUGCGUUUGAAUCUGCAAUUUUAACUGAAAAUUACCCUCGUUCCCAAAUUGACAUAUUCUGUGAGCUGCUUCAGGCUGAUGGAAGCCACUUGGCAGCGUGUGUGAAUGCAGCAACUUUAGCUUUAGUUGACGCUGGAAUUCCGAUGCGUGGUUUAGUGGUUGCAGCAUCUACCGCUUGCGAUGUUGGAGGAGUGCCUUGUGUCGAUGUCAAUAGUCGUGAGGAAACACGAGUUGCACCACGGUUGACAAUAGCAACUAUAUCUGGCAAAAACGAAAUUGUGCUUACUGAGCUUCAGAAUCGUCUACAUCGGGAUCAUUUUCUUACUCUUCUGCGAGCUGCGCGUGACGCGACGUCAUUGGUGCAUGCUUGUCUUGAGACAGCGGUUUCUACUCACGUCUCACAAGCACUUGGGGUGUCGCCACUGGUUGAAUAG